CUUGGACUGGCUCCGUGCAGCGCGCUUCUGUUUCGGGACAGUCUCUUUGAGGUUAGCUCAGAGCUAAAGCUAAAAAGGUUUGUAAAAAUGUCUAAAGGCAAAGCGCUGAGAGCGGUGACAGAGAAGCGGCUGACUGCAGCGGGAUAUGAGGAGGACCAGAGGAAACGGGGGCUUCUGGAGUCGGUGCUGAGCCCCAGAGUCGUGCUACUCCGGGCUGGUGUUCAGACGAGUCCCUUAUCGAGUCCUGGGCCCGGUCUUAAUCAUAGUCUGAAGCAGGAAAUCCCAGAGAUUUCAGUGAUUAAAGAGGAGCCAGAGGAACAUAGCGUCAAACAGGAGGAACUGAGCAUCAAACAGGAGGAGGACACCGUCAAACAAGAGGAAGAGCAGCUCCCAGUGUGUGUCCUGGAGUCCAGUGUUGUGAGUUUGAAGACAGAGGAGCCCUCACUGUUUCAACAAACUGAGCCCAGAGAGAAAACACAGGAAGAGGACAUUGGCAUUUGCACUGUUGCCGUCUCUCCAUUAGCAUUGACACUUUGCUCCUAUAGUGACAGGAUAACGACAGUGCGAGUCAUCAUUCCUACUUCAGCUCCAAGUCAAAGCACAUCUGAGAAACAGGUUUUAAGGGAGAAUUCUGUGUCUUCUCUCCAACAAAACCCUUUUGCAAAACGUUCAAUUGAAGAACAGAAGAGAGUGAUAGAGCUUGGACCGGACCAGCCAGAUUUGUGUCUGCAGCAGAGGAGUGGAGAUCGCGGGCGCACAUAUGUGAGAGGAUUCUCCCGUAGCUCUUAUGAGAAGAGGAACUGGCUAACAGGAUGCAAUGUAAAGAACGCAUUUUUUUGUUUUCCAUGUUUGCUUUUUAAUUGUACAGGAACCGAAACAACGUGGACUUCUACAGGCGUUAGCGACUUGAGACAUCUGUCAGAAAAGUGUAAACGCCACGACAAUUGCCGUAGCCAUGUAGAUAACUGUUUUCGGCUAAGUGUUUUUGGUCGUACUAACAUAGCGGCGCAAUCGGGCGAAGGAUACAGAGCUAGUGUACAAAAACAUAAUGAAGAGGUCACCAAAAACAGGCAUAUACUUUCACGAAUCAUUGACCGUGUUAAGUUUUGUGGAGCAUUUGAAGUAGCCUCACAUGGUCAAGACAAAUCGGAAUCUUCUAAUAUUCAUAAUAUAUUCCAUCAUAGCCUUGUGGAUUUUGUUUCUUCUCCUGAUGCAGUUUUGAAAGAGCACAUUGACAAUUCCACUGUGUUUAAUGGUAUGUCCAAAACCAUUGAAAAUGAACUGUUGGACUGCAUGCUUUCAGUAACAAGGGAUGAGAUUGUAAGACAAAUAAAAGACAGUGAUUUUGUUUCUAUACAGGUAAAUGAGACCACAGAUAUGUCUAUGCAGUCUCACCUUGUUCUUCUGCUACGCUACCUGGACAAAAUGCACCAGGUCCAUGAACGUUUUUUUACUUUUAUCAAAUUGCAAUCUGCCACAGCUGAAUCUAUCACUGCUGCACUGGAGGAACAGCUAGCAACUGUCCUCCCAGAUCAGAAAGACAAGCUCAUCUCCCAGUCUUACAAUGGAGUCAGUCUGAUGGGGAUUCAGAGGAGAAUACAGGAGCAAUACCCGAAUGCACACAACAUCCACUGCUACGCUCACCAACUCGAUUCAAUCACGAGACAGGCCACUGCACACAUUCCACAAGCCUGUGUAUUCUUUUCUGACCUCGAUGGAUUUGAACGUUUUUUUUCCAAAUCUCCAAAGCGCACCUGUGUCCUUAUUGAAGCGUUGGUCCAUAGGUUGCACACUUCUGACCACAUCCGAUGGAAUACUCGGGCUGUGAAUACUGUGUUUGAGAACAAGGAGGAGCUCAUUCGAUGCUUUGAGAAGAUCAGAGACUGUGGGGACUUUGACGCAGACACGGAGCAGGAGGCAGAAGCUUUGGGAAUGCUGCUGGAAAGUACAGAUUUUACCUUUUUUCUGCAACUGUUUUAUCAAAUCUUGCCUCAUGUGGAUGUCCUGUAUUCUAAGCUUCAGAAGAAGGACAUGGACUGCUUCCACAUCAAACAGAGCAUCCAGCAAUUUGAAGAGGGCAUACAAAAAAUAAGAGACUCCGUUCAUUCAGUUGCUGAGGAGCAGAGCAGUGGAGCUCAGCCAGAGAAGAGGCCUCGAAUGAUUGAUCCAGAGGAGCAUGGCAAAACUGCAGAAGAGAUUUGUGACGCCGUUUUGAGGCACAUCACAGAGCGCUUUUCCUUCACAGACCAUCUCAUUGCUGCGACCCUGCUUAGAUCUGACAGGUUUGAGGAGUAUAACAGGACCCUCCCUGAGCAGGCUCUAUGUGUCACCUUAAAGGCCUACCCCUGCCUCACUGCAAACAGACUGAAGACCGAGCUAAGUGUCAUCUACAGCAAAGAGGACCUAAGAGUCUGUCCGGGAGCCAUAGAUUUGAUUCACGUCUUUGCUGAGAAUAACCUAUUGGACGUUUUUCAGGAAACUGUAAAAUUGUUAAAAAUCGUGAUCACUACACCCAUGACCACUGCAGAAGCUGAGAGAUGCUGCUCCACUUUGAAAAGGGUCAAAACAUUCCUCACAAACUCCAUGAACCAGGACAGACUGAACGCACUGGCGAUGCUGUUCAUGGAAAACCAACUGAUAACCCACAUGUGGGACUUUAAUCAAAGGGUCAUUGAGAAAUUUGCUUGCCAGAAGGACAGAAGUGCAAAAUUCUUGUACAAGUAGAGUGGAGAAUGUGAAAAUGGUUAAGCAUUAAAGAAACAAUACCUGAUUUUUAUUUAUUCUAGUCAAGAUAAAUGUUCUUUACAUCAUGCAUUGUGUGGUAAAAGCUGCUAAAUAAGAAAACAAUAGGCCCUUUUCACGCUGGUGCCUGGAUAGUUCCGGUUCCCUAAAAAUGGCAGAUCCAGAUUUCCUGCUUCAUUCAUUCUCUGAGGAUUCAGCCAAAUGGACAGCGAGCUACAGAUGGAUAAUCACAGACAUCUGAUGUUAAAAUAGCUAUAAAAUACUAUCUGCAUUAUCUGCUUGUCGUUAGGUGUAUUUUUAAGUUUUUAUGCUCUAUUUCAGAUUGAAUUAGCAUUAGCUUCAAGAUACAAAUACCCACUUUUAUAAACAUAUAAGUUUGUUCCAGUCAAGUAUUUACCUCAAAGUAAAGGUCUUAAUACGCUGUCUGUGAUCAUUCGUCCUUCUGCAUCUUGAUAUUUAAAUGCUUUAUUUUAGCAAUACUUGGCUAAAACCUCAGAGAAUGAAUGGAGGGGUGAGUGAGGAUCCGCAUUUCUGAGAGUUGUGCAUAUUCAAGAGUGACAAAGCAAAUAGUAGGUGAGAACUAUAAGGAAACAACUGCAUGACACGAUCCCAGACACUUCUCUGUCAUGGUGCAAGGUGGAGUACAGCAACAAAACUGACAUGAAACCACAGCAUUUUGACAAUUAAACAUGUGCAAAUGUGUAAAAAAAAAACUGUCCCUUCUCAGUCACCACUUUUUAAAAGCUUAAUAUUGGCAUCAGCAA